AGGGGGGCGGGCGUCGCGCGCGUGUGCAGGCCGGAGUCCGUGGUGCGGGAGAAGAUGGCGGUGUCCACAGGAGUUAAAGUUCCUCGUAAUUUUCGCUUGUUGGAAGAACUUGAAGAAGGUCAAAAAGGAGUAGGUGAUGGUACUGUUAGCUGGGGCCUUGAAGACGAUGAAGAUAUGACACUUACAAGGUGGACAGGCAUGAUUAUUGGGCCACCAAGGACAAAUUAUGAAAACAGAAUAUAUAGCCUGAAAGUAGAGUGCGGACCCAAAUACCCAGAAGCUCCUCCAACAGUUAGAUUUGUAACAAAAAUUAAUAUGAAUGGAAUAAAUAAUUCCAAUGGAAUGAUGGAUGCCCGGAGCAUACCAGUGUUAGCAAAAUGGCAAAAUUCUUAUAGCAUUAAAGUUGUACUUCAAGAGCUAAGGCGUCUAAUGAUGUCCAAAGAAAAUAUGAAGCUUCCACAACCCCCAGAAGGACAAACAUACAGCAAUUAAUUUUAGCUGAUUUCAAACUUGUCUUAAACCAACUCUCUACUCCUGUUAAUGUCUUGAUUAAAUCUCACAAUGCAAACACCCACACAUUAAAUGAAUUUCAGCUGUUAAAUGACCAGGACAUUUGUAAGAUUAUAUUUAAUAUAUGUACACCCAUUUUGUUUUCCGGCACGAUGGGAGAGAAAUGCAGCACAAUUUUUUUCCCUCUUAUCAAGGCACUAUCAUUUAAGCAUAAACCUGGAGUAGCCUAAAAUUGGGAUUCAGGUUUUACAAGAUGAAAGCAUGACAUGAGGUGUCAGGUUGCUGUGGAGUAAUGUAUGUUUCUGAAAAUUAAUCUCCCAAGAAAGAAAAAUAUAAAUGGCAUGCUUUAUCCAUCUUGCUCAGUGAAAGAGCUGCAGUUUAAAUUGUUUCAAGUAGCAGGUACAGUGAAUACUGUUGCAAAUUUUGUUUAAUUUUGGAAGAGGUGUGGGUGCCGACUACUAGUAGUAUCAAAAAGUAGGUUCAGGAUGGUUUUGAUACCUGUAUUUAUAAAAGGGGGGGGAGGGGAAGAUGGAUUUCUGUUAAGCAGCUCCUGUGUGUUACAUGUAACAGACAUGGCAAGUAUUUGUUUACAGUCUUUGUUCUAAUAAACCAUGAAUAUAAGUUUUAAGUGAAAUAAACAAAAAAGGAAAUAGGUGUAUGGAUAUGUGGUUCUGAGAUUAAAGGUAGUCUUAAAAUGUAAAUAAAAUGUGGAACGUGUCCUCA